AUUGGUGCACUUUAACUUUUUAUUUUAUUUUUUUUAAAUAUACGUAGAAUGCACGACUUAUGUAGCUUAUUCUGCAAGGCCCUAUUGGGCAUGGCCAGAGGUCAAAAUUGUGCCACUAUUUUUAAACUGGGAGCCAGAUUGCUGGAAUGAAACCUUACACUUUGUUAGGCUACUGUUAGAGUACGUGUGAGGCUGUUUGUGUCCAUUGCGCUAUUAAUGUUCCGGCGUAAUCAUUUGACUUGUAGACUAGGUUGUGGUGCACGUGUGCUUGAUUUUAUCAUAUGCAACUCGACAGUAGGCCUAACGUACGCAAAGUUAACUGGCAUUGUUUGUUGAUCUGCGAAAAUAACUUUAUCUGAGCCUUAAGCCAUGACCUUAAUCAUGCUAUUCCUGGCCUGAACAUAACCCAAAAAUGUUAGAUGAUAUGCAAGUCAUCACUUUAAGUCAGUGUUGUUUUCCUUAAACAAAACAAACAGGAGCAAGAAAUCCAAACUGCAUUUGGCGGCCAUUACAUGAACUGUGUAGCCCUGUCUUUUUUUUUUUUCUUCCAAUCUCUGUACAUAUUUGGUAUGGGGGUUGGUGUGUGAGGAAACCUAAUAAUGUGAUGAGACCAUGUUACCGGAGAGAGAUAGACGCAGAGAGAGAGAGACGUCUUAAGGUCUGCACACCGCUGGGACGGGCAACUGAUUUGGGUGAUCAUACAGAGACACAAAACAGGCACAAAAUAGGUUCCACAUGACCACCAGGAAACUGGAUUAUUGACCUUGGAUUCUUAUCUCCAUACUCAGGGUAUUCUUACUGCCGUGUGAUCACCACAUUGGACUUAAUUCAUGAUGGAACAAUUUGGAUACACCAUCCUAGGCUUUUUAAAAUGGCCUAACUAUGGAAUUUAACUCCAUUAUUUUUCUGGAAUUACACUGGCUAACAUUUUAGACACUGUCCAGUUGCCUCUGGUAUUUGAAUAUUUUGGUAAUCCAACAGUCUUUCUCCAUUUUUUCCCCCGGAAUUUCUCAGAUCUCAGAAUGCUGCCCCUUUUCCCAUUUGUAUUUCUUAUUGUUCCUGCCUCUCUUUUGGUUGCUUCGAUAAGUGCUAGUGACCUUCUGGGGGCCAGCUUCCCAAGUGGGGGCACAGGUUUCAAUCCAGGGGACCCAUGCAUGGUGGUGUCACCGCCAUGUAUAAGCGAGGCUGAUCGUUACAGUUUGGAGGCUCUGCAGAGCAUUCAUCAGAUGAUGGACGAUGACAAGGAUGGAGGAAUUGAGGUGGAGGAGAGUGUGGAGUUUAUUAUUGAAGACAUGAAACAGCAGCAGACCAACAAACACAGCCAUUUGCACCGUGAAGAUCAGCACAUUACAGUAGAAGAGCUUUGGAAAGGAUGGAAGUCAUCAGAAGUUCAUAAUUGGACCCAAGACGAUGUUAUACGCUGGCUCAGGGAGUUUGUUGAGUUGCCACAGUAUGAGAGGAACUUUAAAGACUUCAAAGUCAAUGGAAACACACUCCCGAGGAUUGCAGCCAAUGAGCCUUCAUUCUUGAGCGGCCAGCUGAGAGUUCAGGAUCAAAGGGACAAACAGAAACUCAACAUUAAAGCUCUUGAUGUAGUGCUGUUUGGACCACCCACGCGUCCCCCUCACAAUUACAUGAAAGACCUACUGCUACUUGUGUCCGUGGUGAUGGGAGUUGGGGGCUGUUGGUUCGCUCAGGCCCAAAACAAAACCAGCAAGAUCCAUAUUAUCAAGAUGAUGAAGGACUUAGAAAGUCUUCAGCGGGCUGAACAAAGCCUCCUAGACAUGCAGGAACAACUGGAGCGAGCACAGGAGGAGAAACGAAACGUGGCAGAGGAGAAACAAAAUUUGGAGGAGAAGAUGCGAGACGAGAUCAUGGGGGCACAGGAGGAGGCCCAUCGUCUCCAAGAGCUUAGACAGGGAGCUGUUAGUGAACUCAGCCGCCUUCGAUAUGCAGAAGAAGAACUUGUGCAAAUCCGUGGGGCAUUGAGACAGGCAGAAAAGGACAUGCAUGCAACUUGGACUGCUUCGGAGGUACUCCAGCAGUGGCUCCAGUUGACACAUGAAGUUGAGGUCCAGUACUACAACAUCAAGAAACACAGUGCUGAAUUACAACUUGCCAUUGCCAAAGAAGAGGCAGAAAAGAUUAAGAAGAAAAGAAGCUCAGUGCUUGGGACUCUGCAUGUUGCCCACAGUUCAUCUUUGGAUCAGGUUGACCACAAGAUUCUAGAGGCAAAGAAUGCCUUGUCGGAGGUAACAGCCUGCCUGAGGGAGCGGCUCCAUCGAUGGCAACAGAUUGAGCGCAUCUGUGGCUUCCCCAUCAUCAGAAAUCCUGGUCUUACAAACCUCACUGCUCUACUCUACUCAGACUCACUUAGUGUGGGAUUUCCCCGAGCACCUCAGCCGUCUUGCUCAUGCCACAGCUCAGUUCAUGGGUCGAUUGAAGACCUGUUGGAAGAGUCUAACACAGCUAUUCUAUCUCAAAUUCCAGUUGCACCACUUAAGAAUUCUCCUCGAACCCGGACAUCUACUAUACUGCGGUCACGGCGUCAUGGUGUUACACAACCUCCAACUACUCUCAUCUCGGCAGAUCCUGACCUUCUCAUCCCAAUUAGAACUCCUUAUUCUUGUUUUGAUGAAGAUGAUGGGGUCUUUCGUAAAACCAUAAAGAAGCAAGACUCCCAAGAAAGGUUCUCAGAUUCUGACCACUCAACUUCACCUUCUCAUAGCAAGAUGUACCUUUGUUCACCUGGUGAUGCCUCUCAUAGAAAGCUCUACCAUAAUGAAACAGAACCACUUACAGAAAAAUCUAUCACAAAGGCUGUGAGUAAAGAAUUGGAAGGUGAUGUUGAAUCUCCAAUUCAAAAACUCUCAAGGGAAGAUUUUGAAACUCCUAUAGAUAUUCCUUGCAGGAAGAUGACAAAAGAUAAAGUUCUGGAUACUUCUUUGGAAAAUCCUGUGCUCAUGAUAUCAAAAGAAGCAUCAUUCAGAAAGCGAUCCAGAGAUAGGAGUGAAGUUUCAACAGAUUUUGUAGUUAGAAAGAUAUCAUCCAAUGAAUUAGAUGCAGAAUUUCCACCUAGGAAAAUUGACAGAGAAAUACUAGAGGACAUUACAGACAAUCUAUCCACAAGUACACCCAAAGAUCGAGGUGAUUUUCCACUUGAAGUCAGAAAAGCUGUGUGGGAUGAUGUAGAAGGAUCAGAACUUGGACACAAGAAGUUAUCAAGAGGUAUUAUGGGGGCUUCGGUGGACAGUGCCUCAAGAAAGUUAUUAGAAAGUUCUGAGUUUCCUUUUGACUUAAUAGCUAGAAGGUAUACGAGAGACUCAAUGGGAAUGUCCUUGGAUGGAAGUUCAAGGCAACUUGAUUCCUCUGUGAGGGGGCUUGCCAAAGACAAACUGGUUGAAAAACCUACAAUACCGUCAAGAAAAAUCUCUAAAGAGGGGUAUUUUGCAGACUUUGUUUCCAUAAAGGCUGUACCCAGAGAAGAAACAGAGCAUGUCCAUCACAAGUCUUCAACGGAGAAGCUUGAUUUCUGCUCAGAACCAUCAAUAAGUAGGGGAGGAUGUAAAGAGGAGUGUGAAGUAUCUGUCAGGAAAAGAACACAUCUAAUGCCAAUAGAUGACCAGGAUUCACAAGAAAAUACACCCCUAGUUAGAGUUGAAUCACUUCUGGAAACACAUCAUCCACAAGUAGUGAGGGUGGAGUCUGAAGAUUCUGAAUCAAACUCAGCGCAAAGUGAAACUGAGCAGUCAGACCUUACAGUGACAUCUCACGUGCCAUGGAAGUCAUCUGCAGAUAAUUUUGCUGCCGGUCCUUUGAGCCAGCUCGUUUAUGAUGGAAUCCUUGAGAAGUCCUGCAAUUCUAUGGCAACCCCAACAACCCUUUCCGUCUCAACCCCCAAUCUUCCUCAGUGCUUUACCAGACUUCUGGCAGAGUCUGAGCCAGUUGUGUCAGCAACAAAAGGAACGCUUCCGUCCUCCUCUGAAGCUAAAGAUGACAGAAACAGGGAUAGAGAAAAGAGCAAGAAGUCAUUAAAGCUCAAAAAUCUAUUCAAAAAGAAAAAUGAGCCAACGGCAGAGAAGAUACAGAGCGGUCUUCAGAAACUCUGACACUGGAAUGAGUACAUAUUAGCAGUACAUGUUGUAUUAGAUUUUUCUUUUAUCUUGUAUUAUUAACCCAGUGUAGAUUUUAUUUGGUGAUACUACAGUGGUAUGAAAAAGUGUCUGAACCUUUUCGAAUUUCUCACAUUUCUGCAUAAAAUCACCAUCAAAUGUGAGCUGAUCUUUGUCAAAAUUGCACAGAUGAAAAAAACAGUGUCUGCUUUUGUAACAACCGCAGGUUAGUUCCGCCCUUGAGACAACAGCAAGAGAAGGCUUUCCAUGUUCACAUUUAGUUUAUGAAGGAAAAAUCAAAACAAGACACUGACUAAAAAGGGGUGUAUCGAUCCCGGCUCGGACAGGGCUGCAUGGGCUUUGUACACCCCCUGGAAGGACGGCGCUGCUUUUGGCACGACACUGCGAUGCAACACUGCAAGCAAAAAAAAAAAAAAUCCACGCAAGCAGGCCUCCAGGGCUCCCGGGGGUUGAGCGCACCAAUUUCCCUCUGGGGCCACCCCUCAAAGUCUCUUUAAAAAAACAGUUGUGAACAGUCAAUAAAAAUGUAUAAAAUGAUAAAAUUCGCCCACCCCUCCCCUUGAUGUCGUGCCUGACAGCGGACUGGGAAGUGGCGUCCUAGCGUCUGGUAGUGCCCCUCCAAUCCUGGCAAAUGCAGACACUGUACGCUCAGAAAGUUAGCGUAACUUUAGGCUGACCUGUGCUCAUUGCCUCGUCGCGUGCAGCGUGAUGUUGAACUCCCCCACGUUGAGUGCGUGCCGGGGACCUGCCAGUCCUCCCUCCUCGUGUGGUGUACGUCCGCUGAGCGGGCGGUCAUCCCUCCUGUGCUCGCGCGAUGCCGCAUAUAUGGCUGCCCCGUGUUCCUCUCCACCAAUCCGCCUAGCCAGGUGUUGAUCAAGUGCGAUUGGGAGCACCUUGGGCGAUAAGUUCAUACACACUCAUCCUGCCACGCCCCCUUGCUCCCAGCUGUCCGUUAAACUUUAACUAAAACCACCCAAACAUUUAUAGGUUUUCAUAUUGUGGGUUCCAAAAUGUAAACAGCCCCAGCUAGACACUCUCUUCGCCCGUUCUCCUCAAUGCACGCCGAACAUAUUUUAAUGAGGAUAGUAUGCAAACAAUGACAGAAGGGGGAAAAUAAGUAAGUGAACCAUAACAUUUAAUAUUUUGUGGGCCCCCCCUUUGGCAGCAAUAACUUCAACCAGACACUUCCUGUAGUUGCAGAUCAGUCUGGCGCAUCGAUCAGGACUAAUCUUGGCCCAUUCUUCUCUCCAAAAUUGCUGUUCAGUUGGAUUCCUGGGAUGUCUGGCAUGAAUCGAUGUCUUUAGGUCAUGCCACUGCAUCUCAAUGGGGUUCAAGCCUGGACAUUAACUUGGCCAAUCCAAAUUCAUUUUUCCAUUAAUGAUUGCAAGUUGCCCAAGCCCCGAGGCAGCAAAACAGCCCCAAAUCACGAUGGUCCCCCCUCCAUGCUUCACAGUAGGGAUGAGGUGUUGAUGUUGGUGAACUGUUUCAUUAUUCCUCCACACAUGACGGUGUGUGUUACUCCCAAACAAUUCAACUUUAGUUUAAUCAGUCCCCAAAAUGUUUUGCCAAAAAGUCUAUGGAGUGUCCAAGUGCUUUUUUGCGAACAUUAAACGAGCAACAAUAUUUUUUUUUAAACAGCAGUGGCUUCCUCCGUGGAGUCCUCCCAUGAACACCAUUCUUGGCAAUAGUUUUACGUAUAGUUGAUGUGUGCACAGAGAUAUUGGACUUUGCCAGUGAUUUAUGUAAUUAUUAAGCAGACACUCUAGGGUUCUUUUUUACCUCUCUGAGUAUUCUGCACUGAACUCUUGACAUCAUCUUUGGUGGACGGCCACUCCCUGGGAGAUAAGUGACAGUGCCAAACUCUCUCCAUUUGUAGACAACUUCUCUAAUUGUCGAUUGAUGAACAUCCAGAAUGCUAGAGAUGGUUUUGUAUCCUUUUCCAGCUUUAUACAAAUCAACAAUCUUUGAGCGCAGGUCUUCAGAUAGCUCUUUUGACCGAGCCAUUUGGCACAUCAGAGAAUGCUUCUCAUCAACACAAUUCUUACCAGGUGUUUGUUUUAUAGUGGGCAGGGCAGCUUUAGACCACUAAUCAGUAAUUGGGUACACACCUGACUUAGAUUGUUUGGUAAAAAGUGGUUUCAAUUGCUCUUUAAGUCUCCUUUGGCAGAGGAUUCAUUUACUCAUUUUUCCCCCUUCGGUCAUUGUUUGCAUGUUUCCUCAUUAAAAUAUAAAAAACCUUUAAAUGUUUGGGUGGUUUUAGUUGAAGCAGACACUGUUUUUACAUCCGCGUGAUUUUGACAAAGAUCAGAUCACAUUUGAUGGUGAUUUUAUGCAGAAAUGUUAGAAAUUCCAAAAGGUUCAGAUACUUUUUCAUACCACUGGUAAUUGUAGUUGUUUCAGAGUUGUAUAGUCACCAAAAUACAAAACAUCAACAAUAUUACUGUUUUGUCUCAAACAGUAGCCUUCAGUCAAGUAAUUUCCUGAGAUUUGAAACAAAUUCCUUAAAGCACAACUCCAAAUCCUUUAAGAAAUUUAUUGUUUUCAAUGUGAUGACUAUUGGACAGAAGGAUUACAUAGUUGAACCCACAUAAAUCAACAUGACUUACUGUCUGGUACACUUCAAUGUGUCUUUUUAUGGACAGAAACUAAUCUUCUCAAAAUUUGGAACUCACUCUAGCUGGAUUACCAUGAUCUCUGUCACAGUUCACUAAAAUGUUGAUAUAUAUUUUUUUAUUUUAUUUAAUAUACUGUAUGUGUCAAAGGUAUCAGAGAACUGUGCCAGACAACAGUAAAAAUAGUUUCAGGCAGCUGAGGCCUUUCAGAUUCUGCUCAUUCUUCCUUGGUCCAUUCAAUACCAAUCAAUAUUAUACAGUUCUCCUCAUGGAUGCCCAAUGCUCUCUGUACUUGCAAAAAUUAACCCUCUUCCUGGCUAAAUUAAGUACAUUUCUUGAAACAAUUAAAGAAGGUUAGUUAAUUGUUAGUUCUCUGAUUGAAGGGUACGGUAACAACUUAUAUUUGAAUCUGUUUUUUGGUCUCAAGUCUUAUGGUUGAUGCCUCACUACAUUCAAGCUGACAGAAAUAAGGCUCUUUAGUAUUGUAUAACAAGGCCGAUGCUUUAUUCCAUUUACAAAUUCCCAUGAAGUCAUUAACACUUUUACGACAUUUUGGAAAGCAUACAUUUAGUUUUUUCUUUAGCUCUUACUGGCUUUUAUAUUACUGGAUCAUGAAAGAGUCAGUUAUUUUUUCUUGGUAUUUGUUGUUACUACAUAAGGCACCCAUUGUAAAUGGUAAUUUAAAUCCAUAUAUUAUGUACAGUAAUUGGAAAAAACUUACUGUGUUAUAGUUUGCAACCGUUUUUGCUUUUGAGAUUGUUCAUGAAUAUAAUGUGCCACAUUUUAAAACUUUUACUAGCUGUACUUUGAGAAUGUCUUAAUAUUUUAUUAAAUGUUUUAUGAAAUUUCACUGCUGUGCUAGAUGAUACAACACAAUUCUUGUAUCUUUUUACUAAUGGGCAGACUAAGUAUUGUUUUUUUUUUUGUUUUUUUUUGUAUUUUGCUAAAUCUAAAAUGGUUAUUUAUUUAUUGAAGGUGGGCUACAAGAGUAAGAAAAACAUUGAGCUUAUCCACUUAUUCACUGUACUACAAUAACAUGGAUUUUUCUUGUUGUUGCUUAAUUAGCAAUGAUUAUUUUCAGGUAACAAUUUUUUGCAUGUAAAUGAAACAACCAUGAUCAAAAAUCCCACUCUUUUUUAUCAUGCAAUAUUAAUUCGACGUUGGUCUUUUCAGACUUUUUUAUGUUUAUUGAUUAUUUAUGGGUGGCACGGCGGGUGACUGGUUAGCGUGACGCAUCACAGUUCUGGGAUCAAGGGUUCAAUCCUGGGCUCCAGCCUUCCUGUGUGGAGUUUGCAUGGUCUCCCAAUGCCUGCACGGGUUUUGGGGUACUCCGGUUUCCUCCCACAUACCUCAAACGUGUGAUUUUUUAAAGGUUGUUAGUCUCCCUGUGCCCUACAAUUGGUAGGCAACCAGCUCAGGUUGUACCCUGCUUAACACCCAUGGUCAGUAGUGCGAGGCAUAGCUCGCAACCCUCUUGAGGAUAACAGGGGUGCAAAAUGAGUUAUAAUUCUUGUCUGACAUUUUUCCAUUAUUUGAUUAUUUAUGAAGUCACUAGGAUUAUACAUUGUUGUUCAAUAGUCAAAUGAACAUAUAUGAUUACACAGAAGUCUUAUAAAUGUAUUAUUAUGAGUCUGAUCAUCUAAAGGUGCCCUUAAUGUUAUUGACAGAUUAAGUACGUAAAGUAAGUAGCCUACUUGACAAGAAUGGGUUUAAUAUAUACUUUAUUUUUCAUUUAUUUGAUACAGAUUGGCAAAUUUUAUUACCAUUGAAUAUGUAUUCACAGAAACAUUGAUGACUGUGCCUUGCAUCAAGAAGCUUUUUGUAAUUGCAACCUGUAAUGAGUGCCAUGUUUUAUUGGAAAGACUAACUGAAGUCGACAUUGUUUGAUUAAUACUUGAACUAUAUUAUGAUAAUGAAGAUGGCACGCAGAGAUGUCAGUCAACUACACACAGGCGAUUAUUAUUAUUUUUAAAGGCGAAGGGUGGAUAGUUUCAACCUGGUCAUAUAUUUUUGGGUAACACGUUUGACCUUCAUUGUUUACAAACUUAAUGAACUUGAGCAACGCCUCUAAGUUCAUAUACUUUAUUUGUAUUUGAGAUAUCACGAUCAUUGUUUAAUUGAUCGAUCGAUUGACUGAUUGAUUUACGUGUUUCUUUGCAUUGUAUGAUGACUGUUUUUGUGUCAUUACCAUUUGGCACUACCAUUCUGAGUGUAUUGAAAUAGUCAAUACUAUUAAU